AUGUCCUGGGUUAUUGAUUAUAAUGCUUAUAAGCAUGCAUUAGAUGAUUUAAAACAAAAUAGUAAACCAUUGAUUACAAAUCUGACAAAAUUAGCUGAAACAAAAAUUAAAAAUGCUCCAUAUAUAGUACGAGCGAUUGAGGAAAGAAUAAUAGAGGCCCCAUUUAAUCAAAAAUUACCAGCACUAUAUGUUCUUGAUUCAAUUGUUAAAAAUCUCUUGUCAUCUGAAUACAUUGAAUUAUUUCAAACAAGAUUGCCAUUUGUAUUUGCAAAUGUAUUCACAAAGACUGAUGAACAAACUCGAGCGGCUAUGUAUAAAUUACGUAAAACAUGGACACCAUUUUUUUCCAGUUCAACAUUAAAUCAACUUGAUAGAGAAAUUAAAAAAAUCGAUCCAGCAUGGCCAAUUACAGUAAAAGUUAGCGAACAAUCGGACAAUUUUAUUCAAUCACCAGUGCAUAAAUCUGAAGCACUGGUAGCAUCCACAAUAAAUGGUCAAGAAAAUAGUGCAACACAUCAUUCACUUUUCGAUGGACAGAUGCAAGAAAUGCGUAAAAAAGCAGCUCAUUUAUUGAACAGUGCACAAAUAACAAUGAAGAAAAAACGUAAACGACAUAUAUCAGCAUUAUCUCAAACUGAUUUAUUAAAUCAAGGUAUUGAUGUUAUAGAAGAAGAAGAUGGUGAUGAGGCAAAUACUGUUCCACAACAAAAAACAAGUAACAUAACUGUCAGUAUUGCUGAUAGUACAAGUGAUAGUGCAACAAUGGAUGUAAUGGAAUUAUUUGGUCACACAGAUCGUGAUUACCGUCAUUUUAAACAACAUUCAUCACCAACAACGCCAAAUAAAAAUACAGAAGUACUACGGAAUGAUUUGAUAGUGUACGAUAACGCUAUUGGAUAUCACGCUAUGGGAAGACUGAAUACAACCAAUGCUGCUCUUCAAGAACAAACUCUAAUUAACAAAUUCAAUGAUUUGAUACAUAAUCCGUUUUCACCACUUCUUCAUCCAAAUACGUUCUUACUACCACCUUCUAUUUUAUUGCCAUCAUUACCUCCUCAACAAGUCGCCACACCAUUUCCUCAAGCGGAACAAACGUUUCUUCCACCACAGUCUACUGUGAUACUGGAUCAAGCAAUUAACACUAAAACUAUUUUGUUAACGUCAAGUGAUGUGUCUACGAAAUCCGAUGGAGAAAAACAUCAAAUACCAUCUUCGGGUAUUCUGCCACUAGCAUCAACAGUACAAACCACGUCGCCUUCGCUCGAUGCCACAAUUCACCAAUUGUUUCAGAACGAUCCAGUCAUUGUCAAGCGUUUGCAAACAUUUUUCGAUCAUAUCCAUCAGCGUGAACUGGAACGUUUGAGAUCUAAUUUACCACCAAUUACAACUCGUUUGUCACAUGAUCCAAAAGAGAGUAUCAUAGAAAUUGACGGGAAGACGUACGGCGUUCGUCUGAACCAUUCUCAUUGUAUUACGUUGUAUGGACAGAAGUAUGAUUUCUACUGUGAUUUGCCUUCGAAACAAAUCCGCAUCAAUAACAAACACGUGUUUACAAUGGGUGAUAAGGAGCGUCGAGUCAAACUGCCAGAUAGUGGUGGUCGUGACAUAUUGAUGAUGUACAUGGGUCGACAAGUCGAUGUUUGGCUCGAUUCGUAUCCGUACGAGUUGCGAACUGACACACCGCCAAAAUAUUUGAACAUGAACAAUCGCCACAUCCGAAUUCAAAUCGAUAGCAGUAAGAAUGAAAUUUACAUCAACGAUCGAUAUGUGGCGAAUCUCGACGAUCAACCUCGUCUAAUACAAGUGACGCAUCAAGAUAAUUCGACGACGCAGCACGAGAUUCGUUUUACACCGCCACCGAAAACGAUCAUGAUCGAUAGUCAGCCGAAGACGAUGCGUUACGAUCUGAAGUUUCCGUGCAUCGAAAUUGAUGGAAAAUUUUUCGGUAUUCGCUUUACGGGUCCACCACGCGAGAUCUACGUGGACAAUGUCGCUCAUCGUGUUCCGUUCGAUAGUUGUUCGACUCGAAUUCAUCUCGGUAAACGUGCACACGAAAUAGCUUGGGGUGGUCCAGGAUUCGAGGUGAUAAUCGAUGGACAUCCGUACGAGAUUCAUUUCGAUCAGUUGCCACGAGAGAUAUACAUCGGUGGUCGACCUCACUCCAUAUCGAUACACGGUCAACCACCUGAAGUCAAAAUCCUCGAUGAGCUGCCGUUUUUGGAUACGAAAGGUGGCGUGGGUGCAUUGACAGCGCUCGUGCAACUGUUCAGUUCGAGACAGCAGACGUUGAACAUUCAAGAAAUCGAGAUGUUUCUGAAUCUGCUGCGAUCGGGUUUGUUGACGCCGGACGACACCACCUUGUUGUUCAGUAACAACGACGACAACAGCAGACGAGACAGGGGAUCGAGACAGAGUCCGAAACGUUCGCAUGACGAUGAUCAAGGUUUUGAUGAUGAAAAUGGCGAUAGAAAACGAAUGAAGUCGAGUGCAAAGUUUGAUGAAGAUAAUUAUGCGCCAGUGCCUGAUUUAACGGAGGCGAAUGUAACAAUGUUGAAGAAAAAAUACGUUGGUAUUGUUCAACAAUUGUAUUUAGGCGUGUUUCAAUGUCGUCUGUGUGGAUUGCGGUAUACAUCGAAACAAAAGCUAUUGUACACGCAUCAUCUCGAUUGGCAUUAUCGUGAAAAUCGUCAAGAAAAAGAGCUAGGAACAUCGUCGUCGUCACUGUUGUUGCAGCGCAGUCGAGAUUGGUAUUGUACAUUACAAGAAUGGACAGAAUAUGAGGAAACAAUUGAGGAAAAGGAGAUGAUAGUUACAAAUACUAAUGAUGGAAUGGAUGAUCUUUUUUUUGAUGAUUCACUAAUAUUACAACAGAAAGUUUUAUCCUGUGCAGCUAAUAACGAUGAAGAUCGAUGCUGUGUAUGUGGUGAUCAGUUUCAAAACUUUUUCAAUGAUAACCGCGAUGAAUGGCAUUUGAGAGAUGCAGUUCGAGUCGAUGGAAAAACAUAUCAUCCAAUAUGUUAUCAAGAUGUUAAAGCAGAAAACUCAUCUGGAGAUUCUGGAAAAACUGGUGUCCUGCACUUUUCUAUCCGUUUACAAUUCCAAUCCGACUACAAAGGUGUUACAAUAUGUCAAAUAAUAUUUGGUCAUGUUUGUACGUUAUGUCAAGAUGUAAAUCAAAUUGCUGUUCGUUUUUUAUACGAUGAUCUGCCAAAAUAUCGAGAGUAUCAUGUUGAAUCAAAUGAUAGAAAAUCUCAUUUAUUAUCUCGGACAAAUUUAGUCCGUGUAUGUGGUACGAUUAUUGCUUCAAGUCCAGUUCUUCCCUAUACACGUGGAAUGAAAUAUAUUUGUAAAAGUGUAUUUUGUCAAUUGAAUAAUCGUAACAGAUCACAGUAUGAUUUGUAUGACAUCAAACCGUUUGACGAAGAUAAUGAAAGAGAAAUACUUUGUAAAGGCUGUGAUUGUAUUCUUACUGAAGUAGUUAAUGAACGUUGGAUGUCAGAAAAAACUCUUGUUUUACUCGAAAUUCAUGAUCCAGUACAAUCAUUAUUAGCUUUGAAUCAUUUGGAAGCAGACACACUAAUGACAAGAAGACAUACCAUUAUUAUUAGAACUCAUAUUCAAUUAGCUCAUCAUUGUACACAUUUAAAAACUGGUUUAUUGCUUAGUCUUGUAUCAUCUAAAUUACAUAUAUUAGCUGUUGGUAGUGAAAGUCGAAUUGGUGAUAUUUUAUUACAGACAGCCUUGAAAUAUGCACACUACAGUGUUGAACAUCAUACACAAUUUCCAUUGAUAUUAGCACCGUUAUCAAAAAAGAUAAAAUCACCAUUUAUUGUUUCUGCCGGUUCAAUAGCACUGGGAAGUGAUGGUAUUACAUAUUUGAAUAGUUUAGAUAAAUUAACAAAACCUCAAUUGAAACAAUUACUUGCAGAAAGUGAAACAUUAACAAUUGAAGUGAAUAAAAGUGAACAAGCAAAAAAGUUUGUUUAUUCAAUUCCAUUACGUACUAAUAUUUGGGCUUAUCAUGAUAGUCGAUUAUGGCUUAGUUCUGAAAAACUAUCAACACCAACAAAUGACAUACCGCCAGCAAUUGCAACUGCAUUUAGUUUGGUAUUACCUAUUGAUGAGAUAGAACAAGAUUACGAAAAUAUAAUAGAUAAUUAUUUGGAAGAAAAGCUUGAAAAUUGUGAUAAAGAUAAACAGUUUGAUAAAGAAAUAGUCGAAUUGAUUGAUAAUUUAAAAAUGUUUCUGAAUCAUAUUCGUAUGAUGGAAAUGUACGUUUCAGAAGAAGCAGAAAUAUUAUUGAAAAAAUAUUUUUGUGCGUGUCGACGUACUGGUCGAACAUUAUGGUCAACAACAGAAUUACCAGCAACAACGACGGAAGUAUUAACACAAUUGUGUGAAAGUGUAGCAAAAUGUAAUUUACAUAAUGAAGCAAUUGAAUCAGAUGUUAUUCAAGCGAUUUAUAUGUUUGAAAUCUCAACAAUGACAAGAUUAGGUUCAUCUUAUCCAAAUGGAAAUGUUAAUGGAGAAACCCAUAUUCCAAAUGGACUGCAUUCUGUUUAUGAUGACGCAUCUCUGCAUUCAAAUCUUGCAUACAGCGAUCUUCCAUCGUAUAUAACAGCUAAUGGACAUACAAGUGGUAUCAAUAAAAUGGAUCCUGAUACUGGGGCAUUUGUCGCUGUAGGUACAGCGGGCAAUGCUAAUUUUGAUUUACGUUCACUUGGUCUGACUGAACAAGAACUAUAUUCAGCCGGUUUACAUCAAUCAAAUUUUGAUCCAGCGAUAACACAAGGUCAACAAUUACCGUUAAAUCAAUAUAAAAUAAAUUAUGAUCCAAAUCCAAUCGUUAUCAAAAAACAAAUGCCAAUUGAACAACCGACAUAUAAACAGCAAAUUAUUGUUCGUUACUUACGUCCUCCAACACCACCGGCUCCCGGACCGCUGGUGAUUAAAGAAGUACGCCCUCCUCCACCUGCUCCCGCACCACCUCUUAUUAUUCGUACACGAGCUCCCCGAGGAAAAACUCCACCACCAAUAAUCAUUCGUGAACAACCACCGAUUGCACCUCAGGUUGAUACACAAUCUCGUUACAUCACAAAAAUGUUACCGCCUGAACUAUCGUCUUCUCAACGUUAUAUGUAUGAACAACAACCAUCUCAGGAAUUACACUAUAACAACGCAUAUCAGACAGUAUCCGAUCCUUCUUAUAUAUCCGGAAAUUUUGAAAACUUAUCACUUGGUGGUAAUCAAUUUAACAAUGAUAGUUUGUUGUAUGGUAAUACUACAAAUAAAAAUUGGAUUACGGAAGUCGUUGAUGAGGAAGGAAAACGAAAUCCAAUACAUCAAUCUAUGCUAGACGAUGUUUAUAAAGCAAUGAACAAUAGAUUACCAAGAGUGUAA